UCAGAAUCAGAAGAACGUGUGUUCUGUUCCUAGCCUGUGGAUUACUCUUUUCGUCCACUUUCUUCUUCUUACUCGGUACCAAGACAUGGCAGAAUCGUACGAGUCGUCGCUACGUUUCACUUCAACCAGAUCUGAACAUGAGGACGCCGACAGAGACGGUUUCGUCAGGAAACAGAACCAACUCACAAGGAACACCUGAGACUCCGAGAGUGUAUGUCGCUACAUCUGAAGUUGAACUAAUAAGAAGGUGGAUUAUGGCGUUCUUCAACCCGGACACGGACCUCACCAUUAUCAAAUCCCAAGUCCAAGUUGGCGAGACGAUCCAGUACGAGCGCCGAGGCGAGAGCGCCAAUCUCACGGAAGACAUGUACCGACUGAUUCCGGAAUCGUCGCCUCUCCUGGGCAGGCACUUCCGGACUUGUGCAGUCGUGGGGAAUUCUGGGAUCCUCCUGGGCAGCCGCUGUGGUCCUGAGAUCGACUCUGCAGACUUCGUGUUCAGACCGAACCUUCCCGCUAUCGAGGGGUUCGAGAAGGACGUGGGGACGAAAGCUAACUUCACCACCAUGAAUCCGUCCGUUCUUCCACACGACUAUGAAGGAUACAUCAAUACUACCGGCGUACAAGACAGGUUUUUGAAACGAUUGCGUCUUAUCCACGACCAGAUUCUCCACAUCUCUGCUUUUGUAUCGACGAACGGACGUGAAGACGUGGAGUUUACCAACAGAAUGAUACUGGAACAUCAUUUACCAAUCAAGCUUUCGUAUGCACCAAGUUAUGCUACUAAGAAAAUAGCAGCGUUGUGGAGGUCUUCAGAAUUCCAUUGCAAGCGGCCGUCAACAGGAAACAUCUUGUACUCACUGGCGACCUGUUUCUGCGACCAGGUCCACUUGUACGGAUUCUACCCGUUUCCAAAGGAUGAAAACGGGCGAGAUAUAAAGUACCAUUACUAUGGGGACGUGGGGAACCACCGCGACCACAAUAUGACUGAAGAGUACCGGGCGUUUCAGAGGCUCCACCAGCGGAAAGCUCUGGUACUGCACACAGAGCCUUGUGAUAAUGUCAAGCUCUAACAAACAAUUAAUCACCCAUUUUUGAACGCUUUAAUUUUUAUCUUCAUUGUAUAUGUUUGAUAAUUAUGAUUACCUUCGCAAAAGGAAAACAUAUUGUUUU